CCCCGUCCGGCGGGCCGGGCCGGGCUCACCGCGGCGUGGGCGGCUCUGCACGGCGAGCCCGAGGCUCGGCUACCGUUGCUACAUCCAGUGUGCGCUCAAUUAAAUUCUGCAGCGUUGUGCCAGAGCGUGAGGGCUCCCCUGCUCCAGGUCUCUGUUCGGAGCUGUGGGCCUGGCAGCAGGCCUGGCGGCCCAGCUGUGGCAAAGGGGAUGCGGCAUUUCUCGUUUUUGGAUGUGGCGCGCAGCAGUUUCCCCAUAGUUAGGGUGGAAGAUCAUGCUUAGAGGAGCUGGUUAAAACCGGCAAAGCUGGAAGGAUUUCUGGUGUGCCAGUGGCCAGUGUGAUUUCGGAUGUUGAAGAGGUUGGUAGGUGCAUCCAGCUGCUAGCACUGUCGUGCUGGAUGGAUUUGUGUGCCUGAACAGGAUUUUUCUUCAGAGAAAAAUGCUAAUGCAGAUGUCCAAGUUUAAACUUAUAUCCCAGGCAUAUGAAGUUCUGUCGGACCCAAAGAAAAGGGACCUCUAUGACCAGGGUGGGGAGCAGGCUAUUAAAGAAGGAGGCCUGAGUGGCGGCAGCUUCUCUUCACCCAUGGACAUCUUUGACAUGUUCUUUGGUGGUGGAGGCCGAAUGAAUAGAGAGAGAAGAGGCAAAAAUGUGGUGCACCAGUUAGGUGUAUCUCUUGAAGACCUAUAUAAUGGUAUUACAAGGAAGCUGGCACUGCAAAAGAAUGUUAUUUGUACAAAGUGUGAAGGUUAUGGCGGAAAGAGAGGGGCAGUAGAAAAAUGUCCUGUGUGUAAAGGAAGAGGGAUGCAAGUUAUAGUUCAGCAGAUUGGACCUGGCAUGGUGCAGCAAAUCCAAACUGUGUGCCCAGAAUGCAAAGGCCAAGGUGAAAGGAUAAACCCGAAGGACAGGUGUGACAACUGCAAUGGCUGUAAGGUUGUAAGAGAAAAAAAGAUCAUAGAAGUUCAUGUUGAUAAAGGUAUGAAAGAUGGUCAGAAGAUAGUAUUUCAUGGAGAAGGUGACCAGGAGCCUGAUUUGGAGCCUGGUGAUGUUAUAAUUGUGCUUGAUCAAAAGGAUCACAGUGUCUUUCAGAGACGAGGGCAUGACUUAAUCACAAAAAUGAGAAUUCAACUCUCGGAGGCCUUAUGUGGUUUCAGAAAGACAAUUGAAACUCUGGACAACAGAGUUCUUGUCAUAUCUACUAGGCCAGGUGAAGUGAUAAAACAUGGUGACCUAAAGUGCAUCUACAAUGAAGGGAUGCCUGUCUACAAAUCCCCAAUGGACAAAGGCAGCCUGAUUAUACAGUUUCUGGUCCAGUUUCCAGAGCACUACUGGCUGCCAAGGGAGAAGCUGUCUCUGCUGGAGGCUCUGCUUCCUCAGCGAGAAGAUGUUAUGGUUACAGAUGAGAUGGAUCAGGUAGACCUGGAAGAUUUUGAUCCCAACGAGCAAACCUACCGCAACAGUGCUGGAGAAGCGUAUGAGGAAGAUGAGGAGGGUCCAAGAACAGGAGUACAAUGUCAGGCAUCUUAAAGCAAGGUGGAGUGGAUGUCAUCUAAGAUGUAAAUUUUCACAAUGAAAACUGCAUGGCUGUAAUAGCCACUGCUUGUGGUUUUUGUGUUCAGCAAAUUGAGUUGCUGCGCUGUCAGUAUCACCUUUUUUUAACUAAUUUAUAUUGUGUUCUUGUAGUCUUUCUAUAUAAGCCAAUGUCAUACAGCUGAGAACCAAGUUGGUAAUGCAUUUUCCUUGCUGUGAAGGUUCUCAAUUUAUUUCACCUGUGCUGUUUCUAUAAGACUUGGGCAAUAUUGAUAGAGGCUAAGUGGAGUGUCUUAUGUAAAUACUUUCAUACUGGAAAAUUAAUUUCAUAGAAUAAAACAUAGCAGAAUAACUUCUAAUAAAUAGUACUUCACCUUUUCUCAUGCUUCUGUUGUACUCUCUAAGCCACUCUAGAAUCCCCUUUACUUAAACAAGUUCUUCUAAGCUCCGACUCCUGUCAUCUUGUCUAGAUUAUCCUCAAUAUUCAACUUUGUGUUAGCUGUACCACGACUCAUACCUGUCU